CGGUCGACCCGUACCAAUAAUCCACAUGAGACUUGAAUCCUUGAAUAGCAUCAUCAUGAGGACUUCUACGGAACAAACAAGCAUUACGACGUUUGAUGCAACACCAGAAAAAAAGCUUCUUCUUAUUUCUUUGAAAGUAACCUUCACCUCUUAUCCCCAGCAAACCUCACCUACCAUAUCUCCUUCUCUCUUCGCUUCAAAACAGGACAACACAUAUCUACAUCCCGAAGAGAUUUAAAUAAUCAGCAACCAUCAAAAUGAAGAGCCAAGAUCGUCCACCGCUAUAUGAGCCCUUACAGGAAAGGGACAUAUCCCUAUCAGACCUCGAGGCAGGCCAGGCUCCCACAACGCAGCAUUCCACAAGCACAACCAAUGCCAAUUCUCCUGCGCCUCAAGCAACAGAACCAACUCCAGGAGCAGUCCAGCAGAGCAACCAGAGCUCUUCCGCGCACGAGGAGUUGGGUGUAUUCGGUUGUGUCAUGGGAACAUGCGGGCUGGUGCUUCUUCUCGGAGGUUUUGUUUUAAUCGGAGGGACGCUUAUUUGGGCGAUACUCGCGGUGUUUCAACUGAUCGCGCAUGUUGGGGAUCAGUGAGUGAAAGAGCGGGGAGAGUUGUGUUGCCGGGGUUGCCUGGGUUGAAUGGCUGGUUGAAACCUUUAAUCUAUACGAUGGUUGGAUCUACUCUUGAAGAGCGUCAUUAUGAGGAUUUGAGGGCUUUUCACUGAGUAGGUAAUUGUUAUGUAUUUGUGAUGUAAG